AUGCGUCUUGCUUGGCCGUUGGUCGCCAUCACGGUGUUGAGCGGGGCGAAGGGCGACAUGUGCCUGGAAGAUGGGGUGCCGGAGGAAUCUCGUUCCUACAUCCUCGAUGAUCUCGGCAACAGCACCCCAAUCGGAAUCUUGAAGGGCAAUUGGCCAUCCUCCGAUCUGCUGACAGAGAUGCUGAUCCUCAUGGUCCAAGAAGGCCUGGGGUUCCAUGCUGCAGUCCAUCCACAGGUGGGCGCCAGUGCCCUCUCCGCGAUCUAUGGCUUAGGGGGUUGCAUCGACUUCGACCACCCCACCAACAAGAGGUGCGGAGAGGGCGAGACUCAAAUUCACCUGGCGGUGGACGCCUGGAUUGGGAGCUAUGGCGAAGCCUACGCGCAGUUCAAGCUGGACUAUCCCGCCAUUUCCCCGGUGGACUUGGGCUCCAUGGGUUAUGAGGGCGAGGAGUCCAUGUACAUCUCCCAGCCAGUUCUUCAAGCUGCUUAUCAGGAUACGGGCCUGGCCUUGGACUACUACAAGGGCUACAACAGGACGUACCACAACGCCAAGCAGUACUUCGACUCCAUCUCUGACAUCCCCAGCUCGGAGUUGAAGCCAUGCAAUGCCACGGACUUCAUCAAUCCAUUGAGAAUGGGAUUUUAUGCCCAGUACUCCGGGGAUAGUGGAGGAGUGGAACUACAGCCAGACGGCACAUACAUUGCUGUGUGCCCGGACGGCCACUAG